AUGCUACUUGCAUUAAUUGCAAUUCUCGAGUCAACCUCUGAGGUGCUUGUCCAAGAGGCGAGCAUUUCUCAGGCAGCCUCAAAGCCGCGUUUUCGUCCUGUCCUUGCCGGAGGAUCUGCCUUGUCAACAAAUGCGAAUUCUAGUCUGAUUUCAACCGUCAAGAGUCGAGAUUCCCGCCCUCACCCCUUCCUCGAACUAGCCCCUUCACUGGGCUCGAGUCCAAGCCAAAGUCCCACACGGCGUCUCUGCGCUGAGUGCCGAGCGAUUGGCGGCGUCUGCUAUGAUGCCGACGAAAAUGGUGAACCCGACGGCUGUCGUUGUCCCGUGGACUGGAUCGGUGGGACUCGAUCCCUUGACGCCAGUUUGGCUGUUGAAGCCUCGUCCGAGUCCUCGGAAACUCGGUGGCCUUUUGCUAAAUCCUUCUUCAAAAAUGCCACCGAAAACCCCAGAGUUCAGACGAUCGUGAAUAAGGCUGCUUUGUCGCCUUCUGGAGGACACAAAGUAGGUCAGAAGAGGCCAGAAGAGAGCACUAUCGAGGGACCAGCGAGAGAGGGAUCGAGUAAAAGACUGAGAUCUGGAGGACUCAAGCUUGCAGACACUGAAGAACCGAAGGACUCGGUCACCGGAAUGGCAAAAAGUCUAUCCUCUGUUUGCGGCCGGAAAGCAGGUAGGCAAUUUUUACCUGAUUUAAGUAGUAUUUUGAGACUGUCAGUAGAUCUUCAAUAUGAGCCUUAG